AUGCACGAGCAAUUGUCUCCCACGUCUCAGUGCCGCAACUCUAUAGAGGAUAUAUGGGGUCCACGAGCACCAUACAAGGCUGAAUGGCCAAGAAGAGUCGACUACGCUUGGGACGAGGAGCCUGAAAAAUGGGUUCAGAGUGCCUGCGUUCUUUGCAGUAACGGGUGUGGAUUGGAUAUAGGCCUAAAAGAUGGAUAUGUGGUGGGUGUCCGAGGGCGAGCCACAGACCGUGUAAACAAAGGCCGACUAGGACCCAAGGGACUUCAUGGCAAAGACCGUCUCACACACCCCUUGAUUCGCAGAAAUGGGCGUCUCGAACAGGCCAGCUGGGAUGAGGCAAUGGAUCUCAUAGUGAGAAAAUCCAAAAGCCUCUCUUCGACGCUCACGAACCACAGUAUCUCAUUUUAUACAUCUGGUCAAUUAUUUCUGGAAGAGUACUAUGCUCUAGCCCUCGUCGGCAAAGCUGGGUUGAACACGCUGCACAUGGAUGGCAACACGCGGUUGUGCACAGCAACUGCUGCAGCCUCAAUGAGAGAAUCUUUCGGGUCCGACGGUCAGGCUGGAUCAUACACAGAUAUCGACUACACCGAUUGUAUCUUCAUGGUUGGUCACAAUAUGGCUGCCACGCAAACUGUGCUUUGGUCCCGAAUACUUGACCGCCUGGAGGGUCCUCAUCCGCCAAAACUCAUAGUCGUUGACCCGAGGCGUUCCGAGGUCGCCAAGAAGGCAGUACUGCACUUGGCUCCAAAGAUUGGAACCAAUUUGGCCUUGCUCAAUGGGAUCCAACAUGUCAUGUUUGAGAACAAGUGGGUGGAUGCCGAUUUUAUCGCCAAGCAUACGAUAGGCGUCUCUGAGUUGAGGGAAACAGUCAAGGAUUAUACCCCUGAGUACGUUGAGAAGCUCACGGAAGUGCCGGCGGCGGAUAUUGAGACUGCUGCAUACAUACUUGGCCAAACACAGACUCUACUUUCGACCGCUCUGCAGGGUGUAUACCAGUCCAACCAGGCAACUGCCAGUGCUUGCCAAAUCAACAAUAUCAACCUGAUUCGAGGUCUGAUAGGCAAGCCAGGAAGUGGUGUGCUACAGAUGAACGGUCAGCCGACGGCGCAGAAUAACCGCGAGACAGGCUGCGACGGCGAGUUCCCCGGCUUCAGGAACCACCAGAAUCCACGGCACAUGCAGGAGCUUGCAGACCUGUGGAACAUUGACGUUGCCAAACUUCCACACUGGUGCGAGCCCACGCACAUCCAGAACAUGCUUAACUUCAUGGAGCAAGGGUCGAUACGAAUGUGUUGGAUCUCGGGCACGAACCCACUGGUCAGUCUUCCGGACCUACCUCGCAUCCGGCGAAUCUUUAGCUCCCCGGAGAUGUUUGUCGUAUGCCAGGACAUCUUCAUGACAGAGACCGGGCAGCUUGCAGACGUAGUGCUACCUGCGGCUCAAUGGGGUGAGAAAACAGGUUGUUUCACCAACGUCGACCGCACCGUGCACAUAUCACACAAGGCAGUUGAUCCGCCAGGAGAGGCUCGGUCUGAUCUGGACAUAUUUCUGGACUAUUCCCGACGGAUGGGGUUCAAAGACAAGGACGGCAAAGACUUGCUUCCUUACACCACACCGGAAGAAGUGUUUGAGGCCUGGAAACGAGUUUCCGCCGGGAGGCCUUGCGACUACACCGGACUGUCCUAUGACAAACUUACAGGCGGUUCUGGCAUACAAUGGCCCUGCAACCAAGACUGGCCGAUGGGUAGGGAGAGGCUGUAUGAAGCUGGUCGGUUCUAUACGGAUCUGGACGAAUGCGAGUCGUUUGGGCACGACCUCGAAACGGGCGCACCACACACCGUAGAUCAGUACCGCGUCCUGAAUCCGGCAGGCAGAGCAAUUCUGAAGUCGUGCAGAUACAUGGCUCACCCCGAAGAGCCAAGUGAUGAGUAUCCUCUACGCCUGGCGACGGGGCGGAACGUUUAUCAGUUUCACACAAGAACAAAGACCGGGCGUGCUCCUGCGCUGCGCAAGGCAUGUGCCGAGCCCGAGGUCCGCCUCUCUGAGAAGGAUGCGGCAAGUUUCAAUGUCAAGGAUGGCGAUAUGGUCAUUGUACGGUCAAGACGAGGGGCUGUUGAAGUCAAGGCGCGAAUCGGCGAUAUAAUUCCGGGCCAGGCUUUUAUUACAUUUCACUUUGGGUCCUGGGGCUCGGAAGAUGGCAGGGCCAGAGCCGCCAAUGACUUGACAAUCUCUUACUGGGACCCUAUAUCAAAGCAGCCAACGUUCAAGGCGGGCGCAGUUAGGAUAGAAAAGAUUCCUCCGGACACCAAAGGCCCAUGCAUCAGGGAGACACAGAGCGAGGCAGCAAAGAAUGCCAACAAGCGUAACUUUGCAGAUGCCGAUGCCGACGCUGCUUCCAUGGAGGCGGAUCUAGCGGGCAGAGAGCGCCACUUGGAGAUAUGGCUCGGAGAGUGCCAGGAGUGCAUUGUACAGCUGGCCGAGAUAUACUCCCAGAUCAUCCCGAGACUGGUACACGAUUCCGAGGUUCAGGGCGGGCUGAAGGUGCUCGAGGGGCUUGCCGAAAGCACCCGUACCGAAAUUCAGGCCUUUGCCGCCAAGUAUGGCGAGAACAAACAGACAGGCCGGAGCCGUGCAAAGGUCCUCCGCGAAGCGCUCUUCCCUAGGGAAGACGAGCCGCGCUCCCCUCAUCGGGUGCUGGAGACUUUGCAAGGCCUGAAUGUUUAUCUGGCGCACAUUGAGGGCACUUUGCUUGCGCUGACGCCUGCCUCUGCCGCAUUGUGGGACAAGGACUUUCAAGGGGCGGUGGCUGGGGCAAAAUCCAUGGUCUCUCGGAUGAGACAGUGGGCAGAGAAUCAGAUAUUGGUCCGUGGCCCUCAGACACUACUCGUCCCGGCAAAGGCGUUGAGAGAUGAACACUUCAUAGGGAGGGUCGAGCAGCCGAGGUAG